CGCACACGUCCGAGCGCUGAGGUGGAGUGAAGACUUUAACUGUCUCCUCUUCGCCUGCUCUAAACUCUCCGAGGGAGCUUGGAAAAUGAGCAGGGCUGGAAGACUGGGGAAGUCUUUCUCCAGCCGGGCUGCGUAGCAAGCGGGAGGCCAUGUAUCCCUCCGCCAACUGCUCCAGCCUGCCCCCCGGAGACCUCCCCGCGCAGCUGGACUACCAGGAUCUGUGCAACCAAAGCCAGCAGGACGCUGCCCUUAGCCACAUUGACCCCAAGGACUUGAAUCUGACAGUGGAGCAGCUGCAGGACAAAUACCUGGGCCCCCGGAGAUCCAGCUUCUUCAUCCCAGUCUGCGCCACCUACCUGCUGAUCUUCGUGGUGGGGGCCAUCGGCAACACGCUGACCUGCCUGGUCAUCGUGCGCCACCGGUUCAUGAGGACCCCCACGAACUAUUACCUGUUCAGCCUGGCCGUCUCCGACCUGCUGGUGCUCCUGCUGGGGAUGCCGCUGGAGCUCUACGAGAUGUGGAGCAACUACCCCUUCCUCCUGGGCGCCGGGGGCUGCUACUUCAAGACGUUGCUCUUUGAGGCCGUCUGCUUCGCCUCCAUCCUCAACGUGACGGCGCUGAGCGUGGAGCGCUACAUCGCUGUGGUCCACCCGCUCAGGGCCAAGUACGUGGUGACCAGGAAGCACGCCAAGCGGGUCAUCGUCACGGUCUGGGUGUUGUCCGUGCUCUGCUCCAUCCCCAACACCAGCCUGCAUGGUAUCCAGCCCCUCUAUGUGCCGGGCAGAGGGGUGGUGCCGGACUCGGCCGUCUGCACCCUGGUGAAACCCCGUCUGGUCUACAACCUCAUCAUCCAGAUCACCACCAUCCUCUUCUUCUUCCUGCCCAUGGGCACCAUCAGCAUCCUGUACCUGCUCAUCGGGCUGCAGCUGAAGAAGGAGAAGAUGCUGCAAGCCCUGGAGGCCAAAUCGGGCGGGGACUGCGACUACCACAACAUCCGCAUGCAGCAGCAGAAGAUCAGGAGGAGGCAGGUGACUAAGAUGCUGUUCGUGCUGGUUGUCGUAUUCGGGAUCUGCUGGGCCCCCUUCCACACAGACCGGCUCGUCUGGAGCUUCGUCUCCCACUGGACGGGCCGGAUGCUGCACAUGUUCCAGUACGUCCACAUCAUCUCCGGGGUCUUCUUCUACCUGAGCUCAGCCGCCAACCCCAUCCUCUACAACCUGAUGUCCACGCGCUUCCGGGAGAUGUUCAAGGAGGUGAUGUGCCGGAAGCGCCUGUGGGGGCGGGGCUCCAGGAAGUACUCGCCCAGCGUCACCCGGGUCACCACCCGCAGCACGGUCUGCGAGCACGUGCCCGCCGGCAACGGGCUGCCCCUGUCCAACGUGGUGGAGGAGGAGAUGGGUGUGGCGGGGGAGGACGCCCUUAAGCGUGAGACGUCCUUCCCCUGAGGGCACCGCCAGGGCCUUCCCCGCUAGUCGGGCUCCUGGAGGGACACAACGACUGCAAGGGGGUUGGGAAGACCAUGUCCAGUGUCUAGUCACCCGCUUAUGUCACCUGCCGCUGUGCCACUCGCUAGCACUGCCCUGGCGUUACCUCCACUCCCACCCCUUGUAAGCCGAACUCCCCAGGGGCUGCGCCGUGGCACGAGGGUACGAGCGCAGGCAGAAAACCACCGAACUUUGGGUUCAGAGAGGUGAGAUAUUAACUCUUUGCUGGCUGGGGCCCCACUCCACAGGCCAGGCCUUUGCAGCCUCUUGGCCUGGGAAUUGGCGGUGGUGCCAUCUGGCUGCAGGUUGUUGUCUGGCGUGUCUGGCAGUGCCGGACCGGCUUAGUGCUAGGAGGGAUGCAAACAACAAGAGACAGGUUGGUGAGAGGCAGGUUGUCUCCACUGAUCCCAGCUUCUUCCCUGUGUAUCAUAGAAUCUCAGCGUUGGAAGGAACCUCAGGAGGUCAUCUAGUCCCACCCCCUGCUCAAAGCAGGGCCAAUCCCCAAUUUUUGCCCCAGAUCCCUAAAUGGCCCCCUCAAGGAUUGAACUCACAACCCUGGGUUUAGCAGGCCAAUGCUCAAACCACUGAGCUAUCCCUCCUGAAACAGCUCGGUCCAGAGGUGCAGACAUGGCCACUGAACUCAUAGCAAAUGCCUCUGUAAUUCAGAGGGCUGGGCCCUGGUCACAGGCUAACGCUGCCCUCCGGCUGCCUGAGUCACAGCGCAACAGGUUCCCCCCCGCCUCCCUCCUGGGAGAAGUCUCCCUGCUAAUCCUAGCCUGAGGCUCCAGCCCGGCUCUGCCGACGCGCCGGCCUGCGCUGGCCACCCACUGCCAGGAGCCACAGGCGCAGCGUGGCAUGGUGACAUCGUCGCAGGGUCAUCCUGGGCUACCCGGCCGGGGGUGACAUUUCAGUCACAACGAGGCUGUGUCGCCAUGUCACUCAGAAGCCAUCACUCCCUGCCAGCCUCAUUCACCCCCUCCCCAGGCUUUCCCUCUCUUCCCCGCACCUUCUACCACCACACAACAAUCCCUCCUCCAGGCUGUCCCAGGCCAAUACUCCCCUCCCAGUAGCCCUCAACUUUCUCCAGUAUCCUGGUCCCCACUGGAUGCCUCCAAUUACCCACAAGCCCCCCUUGCUCCUGAGACAUGCAGGGAAUCAAUUCCCAGCAUUGCCAGCUCCAGGCCCCCCAAAUUCAUCUGUCUUUAAAAAAAUACUAAAUGUCGGGGUCUCUUUCCCUGCCUCCUGGUGCUGGGACUUUUAGGAGUCCUGGCCCCAUGUUUUCUCCACACCCCCAUGGGCUACAGCCUAGAAACAAAGAGCUGAGAUGCUCCCAGAAUCCCAGGACUCCAGGAGCUGGGGCUUUCAGAAAGAUGCCAGAUAUCAAGGGAGUUGGCAGUGCUGGGUUCCGGACACCCCUACUCCUGCUGUCCCUGGGGAGGAGGGAGAGGACCAAGAGGUGGAGGAAAUCAGCAGAGAAAUGCCACGCAGGGAGUGUGGCAGGGUGCAGAUGCAGGACCUCCCCCGCAGCCCGUGGGUUUGACGUGCUGUAGCUGAGGCAUCAACACCCCCAUGUGGUGUGGUGCUACCCCCCACUCCCCGUAUGUGCCUGGGCAAGGCUGUGGCAGCUGUGGCAGGGAAGACCUUCGCUCAGGCACCCCCCAGCGAGGCGCGGAGAGCUCAGUUUGACACACACCACACCUGGCUGCCCUUGCUUUCCCCUUCUGCCCACCAGGAGAGACUGUAAAUAAGUCAGAGUGAAAGGGCCAUAGGGCCUGGCCUGGCUGAGCGGCUGAGGCCAUGGUGGAGGCGAGGGGGGCUGGUUUUACUCUGUCCCCAGUGAGGAAGGAAGAGCUGUUGUGUGAGGCUGACUCACCCUUUCCCUGGCUGGCUCCUGUGUGUUGGAGCGUGUAAGCCGUGGAAGAUAAUCCACCCUCCCCACAUAAACAUGGGAACCUUUCCUGACAACAGAGAUGUCUCUUAUCUGUGUGCUAACAGCUGCCACAAAGUGCCGUGCUGGCACCCGCCGGGCUGUGGAGCAGAUACUCUCUCGCUCCCUCUCCACUUCCCUUUCUUCCUUUCACCACCUCAUCCCGGACCUUCCCCAGCGCAGCAGCCUCUCCUCUGACAUCGGCAACUACCCCGGUCCAUCCACGCUGUGGCGAGUUCGGGGGUUUUCUGUCUGUGGGUCUCUCCGGUGUGCAUGAGCUGAUUGUCACUUAACUUGAGAAUUAAAAUAAACCCACAACUAUU